AUGCCUCUUGAAGAGAUUAUCGCAGGGGCAGCCCUUGGUCUUGCUCUCCAAAUCCUUCACGAAGCCAUCCAAAGAGCAAAAGAUAGAUCAUUUACCACAAGAUGUAUCUUGGACCUUCUCGAUGCUACAAUCUCUAAGAUCACUCCAUUGGUCGUUAAGAUCGAGAUGCUCAGCGAAGAAGUCCAUGAAUCUCUGAGGAAAGUCAUCAAAGAUCUUAAACAACGUCUCGAGAAAGCCAUUGGUCUCGUUGAAGCUUACGCGGAGCUAAAACGCAGAAACUUGCUCAGGAAAUACAGGUACAAGAGAAGAAUCAAAGUGUUAGAAGCUUCAUUUAGAUGGAUGGUAGAUGUGGAUGUUCAAGUCAGUCAAUGGCUAGAUAUCAAAGAACUUAUGGGUAAGAUGUCUGAUAUGAACAUGAAACUUGAUAAAUUACGCGUCAAGCAAUAG